AUGGACGACGAGAUCUUGAGGCUACAACGCCUACUUCAGGAUGAGCAACGCCAACGCAAGGAAGCCGACCGACAACGCGAGGAGGCCGACCGACAACGCGCGGAUGCUGAAGACCGCUUGUUGACUGAACAGCGCCAGCGUGAAGAUGAGCAGAAGCGUCGCGAAAGUGCCGAAGAACGCGCCAAGGAACCACUGCCACAGACAAUUCAGCAAUACCUCGAGGCCUGCCACUUGCUGAGUCUUGCCAUUCAGCCAGUUAUCAACCGCUCCUCGACUACACAAGGCGAGACGACUAAUCCGACAGGACGAAUCUAUCCCAAGAGGAUUGUCCCAUGGGACAACUUCGCAGCAGAACAAGAAGGAUUAGAAUACGUCACAUCCUUGAUUCGGCCCAUUAGUAGUGAGCUGGGCCUGAGGGAUUUUGAACGCGACACUGUCGAAAAUGCUGUAAGGAAGCUGGUUGAAGGGGCCUAUGAGGACGAAGCACUGCGAUCCCGUCUUGGUUUACAGGGAGUCAUCACAUUCGAGAGCCACACGAACCUCGGCGAUAUAAAAGACUCUAUAUCGGCACCUUUGGAGCACAUGUCUAUUGGCAGUGGCACGCUGGCGCUGACCUCGCAGGGCCGAAACGUCCCCGCCGUGGCCAUCGAAUACAAGCCCCCACACAAGCUCACCCGGGACGAGAUAGUUACGGGUCUAGAUUCCGAGAUCCAGCCCGAACGGGAUACAAUUCAUAAACAUGGUGACGGCUUCGCUUUCGCGUCGAGGACACUGGUCGCUGCCGUCGUCACCCAGCUCUUUUCGUAUAUGAUCGGCAAGGGUAUUCAGUACGGAUACGUAUGUACAGGAGAGGCUUUCAUCUUCCUCUCUAUUCCAGAUGAUCCCACUAUCGUCUACUACUCGGUAUGCGUACCCGACCUGGACGUUGUGGACGGCGACGAGACAAGGUUGCAUCGUACGGCUGUCGCCCAGGUUUUUGCCUUCAUAUUACAAGCCAUCGGCGCGGAACCGCCCCCAGCGUCCUGGCACGACACAGCCGCGGGCCUUGAUCUUUGGGCCGUCGAGUAUGACGACGUGCUGAGGGAUAUCCCCGUGACGGUACGUAAGGAGAAGCGCGGCACCCCAUACAAGCCCCAGCGUUGGAAGGGCUUCCAGAGGUCGCCGAUCAGGACCCGCUCGGGCUGCAAGCAACCAGGUAGCGACAUUGGACCUCGGAACGAGGACGAUAACGACAGCAGUGACGACGAUAAGCGUGCCCAUUCCCCCACUCCGAACCAACCCAGGCGUUCUGGUAGGAAUGCAGCCACGUCAGAACCUCAGCCCCCUAGCACGAAGCAAGGCCGAGGGCAACAGUCGAAAGGCCAAGUGACGAAACCGAAAAUACAAGAUCGACCAUUCUGCACUCAGCAGUGCCUUUUGGGGUUGGCGUAUGGUGGGCCAGUGGAUGACACUUGUCCUAAUUACCAUUCCCACGGGCGAAAACACAUCGAUCGGCUGGAAUUUCUUGGCCUUAUCCGCAACCAACUUGCCAAGGACCGCGGUCGUGAUGCAGACUGCGUGCCUCUCUAUCUGGGUGGAUCGCUCGGCGCGCUCUUCAAGGUGCGGCUUUCAUCACACGGCUACACCCUCGUCGCCAAGGGAAUGGAAGCAUUGGACCUUGGACGUUUGCAGCAUGAAGGCAGGGUAUAUGACCGACUGAAGCCCAUCCAGGGGAAGCACGUCCCUGUAUGUCUCGGCAUGAUAAACCUGGCUCUUCCGUACUAUUACGACAGUGGUGUGUUUGGACACUUCCUGUUUCUCAGCUGGGCUGGGCAGCCAUUGUUCGAGUGUACCGACCAGAUCGGCAAAGCCGAUAUCCUACAGACGGCUACCCAAGCCUACGUUGCACUACACAAGUCGGGCGUUCUUCACUGCGAUGCAGAACUGCGGAAUAUGUUAUAUGACGAGCGAAGUGGAUGCAUUAUGGUCGUCGAUUUCGAGAGGGCACAACUCCCAAACCGUCAACCGCUCGGUCUUAUUAGUCUUAAUAGGCAGACACGAAAAAGGAAACGAGGGGUGAAAUGUCAGGGAGUCAAAAACCUGUUUACGCAAGAGCUUCAUCUUGUUUCGAGGAACGUAUCGAGAUGGAUUAACAUGGGGUAG